AUGGCUCCGGUCGGAUUACCUCCAGGCUUUAGAUUUCAUCCGACCGACGAAGAACUUGUAAACUAUUAUCUGAAACGAAAGAUCAACGGUCAGGAAAUCGAGCUUGAUAUCAUCCCUGAGGUUGAUCUCUACAAAUGUGAACCAUGGGAUCUCGCAGAGAAGUCGUUUCUACCAAGUAGAGAUCCAGAGUGGUAUUUUUUUGGGCCACGCGACCGGAAAUAUCCGAACGGGUUUAGGACGAACCGAGCAACGAGAGGUGGAUACUGGAAAUCAACUGGCAAAGAUCGGAGAGUGACGAGUCAAAGCAGAGCGAUUGGGAUGAAGAAGACUUUGGUUUAUUAUAGAGGAAGAGCUCCUCAAGGGAUCCGUACGGAUUGGGUUAUGCAUGAAUAUCGUCUUGAUGAUAAAGAUUGUGACGAUCCCUCUUCGCUUCAGGAUUCGUAUGCACUAUGUCGGGUGUUCAAGAAGAACGGAGUAUGUUCGGAGUUGGAAACGGAACAACAAUUACAAACGGGACAAUGUAGCUUCACGACAGCGUCGAUGAUGGAUAUGACUUCGAAUCAUUUUAACAAUAACGAAUACGAGACAAUGUCGCCGGAAGUUGGAGUUUCUUCCACCUGCGUAGAAGACGUUGUCGAGGAUAAAGACGAUUCGUGGAUGCAGUUCAUCACAGAUGACGCUUGGGACACGUCAUCAAACGCUGCAGCUAUGGGACAUGGUCAAGGGGUUUAUUGACUGACUAUUGAAGAGCAAAGAGUAUUGGCGCUAAAAAAGAGAUGAAUAUUGAAUUAUUUGGGCUAAUCACUUAUGAUUAGGUACACUUUUGUUGUACGUACUUUAUAUAUAAUCGUUGGAAUAAAACCUGCGGGUUGUUGGGGUAAGUGGGUAUAUUAUUUUGGAGAAUUUAUAACUAAUUUUUCUAAUUGUGGGAUUG